UGAAAGUAAGAUGGAACUAAAAAGUGAAGAAGAUGAGAAUCACCAUGGUAAUGGCUAUUACCUAAAGAGGGUAACUCUAUGGAUUUUUUGAUCCUGAGAGUAAACAGUUAUUUCUAGCCUUUAUUCAACAUCUUGUAAAUUGUCUUUCAAUCUUGCAUUUGUCACUUUUUUAACAAUUUCAUUAAUUGUGAUUUAUUGAUUUCAAUUGUGAUGCCUGCCUUUUCUUUUUAACCUGUUACUGUCAAUUUUAUGCAGGAUAUAAUGAAUCUUAACAAAGUUUUUCGUGCUGGUACAUUGUACGAUGUGUAUCGAGAAGAGGAAUCUGCAUUUAAAUGUACAUUUGAUGUCGGCCUUGAUGAUGACGAAGAUGACUAUAAGAUCAGUGAAAAUGAUUUGAUGGAGGUUGACCAUGAUCGCUUUGAUGAAGAUGAAGAUGACGAAGACACAGGUGAUGAAGUUGUUACGAAAGAAGAUAUGGAAGAAACGAUUCGUAUACUUCAAAAGGAAUCAGCUGAUACUAAAGAAAGGUUGUUAAAUCUGGAAGAAGCCAUCAGGAAUGUCAAAAUGAGUUCAAUCUUUCGGCGUAAAGAAAUUCUGGAAAGAGAAGUGUUACAGAUUAAGUGUAAACUGGAACAAUACCUGAAACAAAAUUUAAUUCUUAAAGGAUUAUGUUUCCAGCAAAUUUCAAAUAACUAUGACCAGGAUCUUCAAAGACAAUUACAAAAUGUUCAAAGUUCAAUCUAUCAAAAUUUCCAACAAAUAUCUUCCAUAGAAAUAGAAAAGACUCUUGACACGGAGGUGAAUCUCAGCUCUGAAGAUAAAAAUAUUCAAACACACAUUUUUGAUCUCAUUGAAACUGGCCAAAUCAAAGCUAAAGAUGACCUCAUAGUCUCGCUUUACAGCCUCAACCGACAAUUGAGGCAAAAUUUAGCAGAUUUAAAGAAAAAUUUGGUCUCAACGGAACCAAGUAAAAUGUUGGUUACGAUCAAGGAACAUCAAGAUCUGACUAGGAAAGCAGAAGUAGAGCUUAAUUGGAAAAAAUCAAAUAAUUCAAAUCAUCCAGAUACCAUUCCAUUGAAUAUUCAAUCAAGUGAUGAAUCAUCGCCAUCUGUAAGCACUAAUGGUGACGCAAAGGUUCCUGAAAAAUUUUAUGUUUGUAAAUGUGGCCAAAAGUUCGUUAAGGUAGAUAAAAGAAUGAGAAAAAUGGACAAAAAUUACACCGGAAUCAGUGCUACAACAGCUUAUAGUAUUUACCGAAAUCAUUUUUCUCAAUGUCCAGUUUAUUUGAAAGAUGCCAUUAUGUGUGAUGUUUGCCAGGACGUUUUCUACUCGAUUCCUUGUCUCAAAGUUCAUAUUCGAAGCAAGCAUCCAGACUGUGUCGAUCUGCUGGAGAAAUACAAGCAUAAAUAUGUAUGUCUUUGUGGUAGGGGCUUUAAAAAUUACUCUCAAGAAUGUACAGCUCUAAAAGCGUUACGGAAACACGCUGUUUCAUGUCCAGUAUAUCGAAGCCAAGCGAUCUUAUGCGUGAUUUGCGGUGUUCCAUUUCUUGAGGAGAACCAUCUUGAAAAUCAUAUCCGAAUGGCUCAUAAGGAUUAUUAUUCAUCUAAGAAGCUAUCCUCGCCGACCCCCUGCUCAUCCACUGCUUCUUCUUCAGCUAUUGUUUGAGAAGUCAAUCAUUCCUGAAUCAAAUCGAAAGAUUGAAUUCUGUUUCGAACAAUUAUCAUGUUUCUUUUGUUUGAUAGUUUGCAAAAACUGACCGCUUACCUUGAACUAAAUAGAUCUCUUCCAUUCUCUAGUCAAAAAAACUAACAAAAACAUUUUGUAAUUUCGUGGCCAAUCUUAUCAAACGACUACAUAUCAUUAAACAUUGUUAAGGGAAGCUGACUUCUCUAGUCUCA